GGAGGACAAAAACUCGAGUGAAACUGACUGUGCUGGAACAGUGCUGUGCUUUUCCACAGAUUAGACCCCAAGAGAGAUGGCUCAACACCACGUAUGGAUCUUGCUCCUUUGCCUGCAAACCUGGCCAGAAGCAGCUGGAGAAGACUCAGAAAUAUUCACGGUGUUUGGGAUUCUGGGAGAAUCAGUCACUUUCCCUGUAAAUAUCCAAGAACCACAGCAAGUGAAAAUCAUUGCUUGGACUUCUGAAACAUCUGUUGCUGUUGUAAACCCAGGAGACUCAGAAACAGCACCCACAGUUACUGUGACCCAUAGAAAUUAUUAUGAUCGGAUACAUGUCUCAGAUCCAAGCUGCAACCUGAUCAUUAGCAAUCUGAGGAUGGAAGACACAGGAGACUACAAAGCAGAUAUAAAUACAAAGACUCCUCCCUUCACCAUCACCAAGCGCUACAACCUGCAAGUCUAUCGUCGGCUUGGGAAACCAAAAAUUACACAGAGUUUAAUGACAUCUGUGAACAGCACCUGUAAUGUCACACUGACAUGCUCUGUGGAGAAAGAAGAAAAGAAUGUGACAUACAGAUGGAGCCCCCUGGGAAAAGAGGGUAAUGUCCUUCAAAUCUCCCAGACUCCUCAGGACCAAGAGCUGACUUACACAUGUACAGCCCAGAACCCUGUCAGCAACAAUUCUGACUCCAUCUCUGCGCAGGAGCUCUGUGCAGAUAUCCCAAUGAGCUUCCGUACUCACCACACCAGUUUGCUGAGCGUGCUGGCUGUAUUCUUUCUGCUUGUUCUCAUUCUAUCUUCAGUGUUUUCGUUCCGUUUGUACAAGAGGAGACAAGGGAAUCCAGUUUCACAAACCAGCUCAACCCCACUGAUCGUGAAUGGGGUUCUGGGGGAGUCAGUAACUCUUCCCCUGGAGUUUCCUGCAGGAGAGAAGAUCAGGUCCAUUACUUGGCAUUACAAUGGAACAUCUAUUGCCUUCAUAGCACCCUCUGAAGCCAAAAGUCCACAAAUCCACCUGACUAAUCCGAAACUGGGAAAGCGACUGAACUUCACCCAGUCCUACUCCCUGCAACUCAGCAACCUGGAGAUGGAAGACACAGGUUCCUACAGUGCCCUGAUGUCCUCAGAGACCACUGUAAAAGUGUCCAGUUACACUCUGAGGAUAUUCAGAAAACUGAAGAACAUACAAGUGACCAAUUACAGUCAACUGUCUCAGAAUAGGAUCUGUGAGAUCCAUCUGACUUGUUCUGUGGAGGAUCCAAAUGACAACAUCUCAUUCAAAUGGGAGGCCUUGGGAAAGACGCUUUACAGUGAGCCAAACCUCACUAUCUCCUGGGACCCCAGGAAUUCCAGUGAGCAGGACUACACCUGCAUAGCAGAGAAUGCUGUCAGCAAUUUAUCCUUCUCUGUCUCUGCCCAGAAGCUUUGUGGAGAUGUUGAAAAUCAAUAUACAGAUACCAAUGUGAUUCUGUUUGUGACUCUUGGGACAUGCAUAGUCAUCAUAUUCAUCAUCGUGCUGUUACUUGUUUUGAAGAAAAGAAGAGCAGGUUCCCUUCUUUUGUCUAUUCAGCAAACACAGGGUCCCGCAGAGUCUGCGGGGAACACAGACAAUGCUUCAGUCUCUCCAGGGAACAACACUGUGUAUGCUUCAGUCACUCAUUCAGCAAGGGAAAUGGAAACCUCAACACCUAUAGCAAAUGAUCUCACAAUUUACUCCACGAUUAAUCAUUCCAAAGAGAGUAAACCCACUUCUUCCAGGGCAACUGCCCUUGACAAUGUCAUGUAAGUUGCUGAAAGGCCUCAAAGGAACUCAGGAAUGACACAUCUUCUGAUCCCAUGGAAGAGAACAAAGGGCAGGAAGCUUGGUUUUGUGCCUGCCAACAGAAUUUGAAUAUCUGAGAAAGGAUUAUCACCUCCACUCCUUCGGAUUUAAACCUGCUUACCCAGGUCAAACACCUAAGGACAACAUCACUUCCACCAUGUGGCUCAGAUAUUUUCCAAUUCACUUCAGACCAAAACAUGCUAAGGAUAACACACCAGCAGACUGACUCUCUCUUUGAUAAAUAAGCAAAUGGAAUUAUGGUUGACAGAGAGUUUAUAAUCCAGAAGACAACCACUUCUCUCCUGUUAGAAAGUAGCAGGAUUGUGACUUACUGAGAAAUAAUAUAGUGUAUUUGUUACAUGUGCAGUCUCUGGAGUUGGAUAGGCCCAUGCUCAUAUCCUGAUACAAGUUGAGCAUCCCUUGUCGGAAAUGCUUGGGACUAGAACUGUCUCAGAUUUCCAUUUUUUUCAGAUUUUGAAAUAUUUGCAUUAUAUUUACUGGUUGAGUAUCCCAAAUCCAAAAAUCUGAAAUUCAAAAUCCUCCAAUAAGCAUUUCCCUUGAGUUUCAUUCGUGUGGGUGCUCAAAAAGUCUCAGAUUUUGGAGCAUUUCAGAUAUUGGAUUUUUGGAUUUGGGUUGCUCAACUUGUAGAAUACUUAUUAGACGUAUCUCCUGGGACAUAUUGCCUAACCUCGUGGAGCCUUAGUCUCACAGACAGAAAAAGGAAGAGGAUGGUAUCAUAUCAGCUCCAUUGUUUGAGCCAAUAAUCUAAGUCAUCCCUAACUCCAGCGUCUUUGUCACCAGGCCCUUUGGACUCUACCUCAAAAAUAUUUCUUGGACCUUCCACUUCUCCCCCAACUCCUUGACCACCAUCCCGUAUCACCACCUCUAACCUGGAAUCCUACCUUAAACUCAGAACAAUUCCUCUCACUUUUGCUUUUUGUCUGUCUCCAACCCACUCUCCACAAGACAGCCAGACUAAUGUUUUUAAUAUAAAUUGGAUCCUUCGGUUGCCUGUUUAAAACCCUGUAGGCUUCCCAAUGCCCUCAGAAUGAAAUCCAGUUUCCAUGGCCCUAGUUAUUCUGGCCCAACUUCAGCCUCAGCUAGCAUUCCCUUUCCAACACCCUCUAUGUAGCCUCCCUGAUCUUCUCAGCUCCUCUAUUAUAGGAAAAGUUCUUUAUGUUAGCUAUUUACAUCUGUCUGCAAGCCCUUCAUCGGCAUGCUGGGGUCCUCCUAUUGUUUAGCUCUUAACUUAAAUGUUACCUCCUAAGAGAGACAGACCUUCUCAGACCACUCUAUCUAAAAUGAAUCAUCUAGGCUG